CCUCUUCAUACUCAAUCCCCAUUGAAAUUGAUUUAGAAAGCCAUCAUAUCGAUAUGUCUAAUGUGGAAACUCCUCAAACAGGCGAUAAGAAGUCAAAGACUAGGAGACCUGCUAACACUGCUUUCAGACAACAGCGCUUAAAAGCCUGGCAACCAAUUCUCACGCCGCGAAGCGUUCUGCCAAUCUUCUUUGUAUUCGGCAUCAUAUUUGCACCGAUCGGUGGCCUUCUCUUAUGGGCUAGCUCCCAAGUCCAAGAGAUAUCUAUAGAUUAUUCAGAAUGCGCGGAAAAGGCCCCUUCUUACCCAGUCUCAAUUGCAGACCGAGUCAAGUCAUCGUUCAAGUCAUCGACUGGACAGUCUACCCCGACAUGGGAGCGUCGUAUAGAGAACGGGACUACCAUUUGUCGGCUGAGUUUCGAAGUACCGGACGAUUUAGGGCCUCCCGUCUUUCUGUACUAUCGUCUUACCAACUUUUACCAGAACCAUCGGCGAUACGUGAAGUCAUUGGAUAUAGAUCAGUUGAAAGGCAAAGCCGUUGACAAUAAGACCAUCGAUGGUGGCUCAUGUGAUCCUCUUAAACUCGACCCUACUGGAAAGGCUUAUUACCCGUGCGGACUCAUUGCGAACUCACAGUUCAAUGACACAAUACACAGCCCUGAACUCCUCAGUGACUUGAACCCGACAGUGUACUUCAUGACUAACAAGGGCAUCGCCUGGGAUAGUGAUAAGGAGCUUAUUAAAACCACACAAUACAAGCCAUGGGAAGUUGUGCCACCACCGAAUUGGCACGACCGUUACCCAAACGGGUAUAUUGACGAUGAAGACUUCAUGGUUUGGAUGAGGACCGCUGCGCUACCGGCUUUCAGCAAACUGUCCCGCAGAAAUGACAGCGUGUCUAUGAAAGCUGGCUCUUAUCGCCUGGAUAUUGAAGAUCGGUUUCCGGUUACUGAGUAUGGUGGCACGAAGUCAAUUCUCAUCUCCACCAGAACUGUCAUUGGGGGACAAAAUCCUUUCAUGGGUAUAGCUUAUGUCGUCGUUGGCGGUAUUUGCGUCCUUCUUGGGGCUCUGUUUACCCUUGCACAUUUAGUACGACCAAGGAAACUCGGCGAUCACACUUACUUGACCUGGAAUAAUGAACAGGAAAGUACAGUCACUGCUACGGGCAGGAAUGACAGAUUUGGACCGCAUGCCCAUUGAUACAGGCUUAACCAGCAAAUUGCCUUGUUUCGUGCGGUAUGAUGGCAGUCUCUCUUUUUUCUUUUUUUCCUUUUUUUGCGCGCUCUGUCAUUGCUGCUUUCGAGGUGUUCACAUGGUUAUCGGGCUGAAUCUCACUGCCAUUGCUCUAAGCAUUACAGUAUGUGCUAAUCUUCUUUUGCUAAGAUGUUGAUUCCGAGACUGUUUCCUGAAUAGGCAUGAUUCCUCUAUUGGUGAAUAUAACAAAGUUCAGAAUGUGCACACUUCAGACUGGAAUUUCUCCACUUG